AACCUCAAGCGCUCCGAAAGCUGAUGUCUCACCUCAAAAUCCCACCAUACUGCAUUAGCCAACAAGGCUAACCGCCAUUAGCAAUUUUGCUGUAAAUGAGGUUUGUCCUGUGGGCUCGCUCGCUCGCUCGCUCACUCUACCCGCAAGACACGAAAUCUUAUACCGCCUUCCCCUGAAAUCUCUCUGUCUCUGUCUCUUGUCUCCCCUGUUUCCAAGAAGGACCCUUGGUUUCAAAGAUUCCUUCUUUGCUCUUUCUUUCAACUUAAGCAGCUCCAGAUCCAGCAACCUACCCCCCAUUUUCUUUUCUUUUCUUUCUUUUCUUUUUUUUUUAACCUCUUCCUUCCCCUGUUCCUCUUUCCAACCACAUUAAUUUCCUUUAAUUUAUUCUUAGUGGUUAAACAGAGUUGCCGAAUUUAAUUUAAUCUUUUUUUUUUUUUUGGGUCGAUCCGGGCUUCUUACAGUGUUCAACUAGAAUGCUCUGUUCACCCUCCCCAGCUCACAGACAAUUCCGCUGUCAAAUCCGGUGAAUUUCUUUUUCCCUCCUCCCUCUCCCCAUUUUUGGCGUCUUCUUUGCGUAGGCGUGAGAGUUGGGCGUCUAAUUAUUGCAGGUUUUUUUUCUUUCAAACUUCGCUUUUUCUCUUUCUGGGUUCCCGUGGAUUUCUUUGCAGAGGGAUUAGGAAGAAAAAGGGAAAAAGGGAAAACAGCUUCCGACCUCCAUUUCAUCUUCUCCCUCCUCGUGCACUUUCAUCUGGGUUCCGUUUUUUCUUUGCUGCAUUGGGUUGGAAACAGAAGGUCUUUUCAUUUAAAAUUUAUCUUUGCUUUUCCCUUCUCUGCUCUGUGUCAGACUCUUGGGUUGUAGUGCGCUGCGGAGUUAAAAGAGCAUUCCUUUCUUGAACCUCUCGGUUUAUCGAACCUUUUUUAUUAGUGGGUCUGGCUUGUCGUCUUCGGAGGUGGAAAAUCUAAGUUAAAGCUGAGCUUCGGGCUAUACUAUUCGGAUCCGAUAAUCUUAUGCUUGAGCAUUGGGCGAUUAUAAUAUAAAUCCAUGCUUUUUUGGCGCUCGGUGUAAAGAUCUUGGCCUCCCCAUUCAAGGCAGGAGACAAAAGCUGGACCUUAAUAUCUUGUUGCCAAUGAUUGAUUGAUCAUUCAGUGAUGUCAAGGAUCUCCAAGUGGAAGCCUGAGAAGACAAAAACGAAAGUGGUCUUUAGGCUACAAUUUCAUGCCACACAUAUUCCUCAAACUGGAUGGGACAAAUUGUUUAUAUCAUUCAUUCCAGCUGAUUCUGGAAAGGCAACAGCUAAGACGACAAAGGCUAAUGUGAGAAAUGGCACCUGCAAAUGGGCAGAUCCCAUCUACGAAACUACGAGGCUUCUUCAAGACAUUAGAACCAAACAAUACGAUGAAAAGUCAUACAAACUUGUUGUGGCAAUGGGUUCUUCGAGGUCUAGCCUCCUUGGUGAAGCCACGAUCAAUCUUUCUGAUUAUGCUGAUGCUCUAAAGCCUUCUUCUGUUGCGCUGUCUCUUCGGGGAUGUGACUCUGGAGCUAUAUUACAUGUUACGGUACAGCUGCUUACUUCUAAAACUGGUUUCAGAGAGUUUGAACAGCAAAGGGAACUCAGAGAGGGGGGCCUGGUGACUACUUCUGACCAAAAUGGUCGAAGUGAAUCUGUUAGUGGAAGACUGCCAUCAUCUGAAGAUGUUGUUGGUGACCAUACGGACUAUGCAAGUGUCAGAUUCAAACAUGGAUCUAGAGAGCAUCCGUCAAAUGAAGAAGAGAUGGUUCUGAAUGAAGAGCAUGUGGAUUCGCCCAUUGGAUUAGAUGGUUCUUCAAAUACCUCAGAAUCUUUAUAUGCAGAGAAACAUGAUACGUCAAGUGCACAUGAAAUAGACAGCAUCAAGAGUACCGUGUCUGGUGAUUUGGGUGGGCUUUCCCUUAGUCAAAGCCCUCGGCCGGGAAAAACAGGCCCUUCAGAUCAGAGGCAUGUUGGGACCAGUGACUGGGUUCAUGGCUGGGGUUCAGAUUAUUCUGCAGAUAAUGACUUGGCAAUUACAUAUGAGGAAAAUAAUCGACUUAGAGGAAGCCUGGAAGCAGCGGAGUCAUCUCUUCACGAGCUGAAAUCAGAGGUAAGCUCUUUACAAAGUCAUGCUGACAAUUUAGGCGCUGAAGCACAGAAAUUUGCGCAGCAGCUCGCUGCUGAGAUGGCUUCUGGAGAAAAUCUGGCACGAGAGGUGGCUGUGCUGAAAUCUGAAUGUUCAAACUUCAAAGCUCAAAUUGAGAUGCUGAAGAUCGAUAAAUUAAGCUCACCUUAUGUUGGAAAAGACAUGGUUGGAUUGGACCAGGAUCAAGAUCUAAAGCUAAGAUGCUUUAGGGGACUUCUUCUUAUGGAGGAUAAGAUCAGAGAGCUUCAGAACAAGACGUGCUUUGGACUUAAUGACAGGGACUUCAGAUUUCUGGGAGCUGACUUGGAGGCCUUGCUUGUUAUGUUGCAGGAUCUCAAGCAAGGAACCGGACAGGCUGUUUCUAGAAUCAGCUUUGCAGCCCCAGAAGGAGGUGCCCUAAAGCAGGUAGGAGAUUCAAGUAUAAAUGAGAGCAAGAAACUUGUUUCCCCGGUUGAGUUCGGUACAGACUUGUAUCAACCUGAAAGCAUGCUUCAUCAUCUUAGUGUAUCGGGCCUGUCUCAUGACCCCAGUCCUGCUGAUGUUACUGAUCCAAUGAAAGACAGAAUAGUUGAACUUCUAAGAGAGCUGGAUGAGUCAAAAGCUGAAAGGGAGAGCCUCACUCGUAAGAUGGACCAGAUGGAAUGUUAUUACGAAGCUCUCGUUCAAGAGCUUGAGGGAAAUCAGAGGCAUAUGCUGGGAGAACUGCAGAAUCUUAGAAAUGAGCAUACUGCUUGCAUAUAUGCUGUUUCUACAGCUAAUGCAGAAAUGGAUAGAAUGCGCCAGGAUAUGAAUGAACAGCUGCUAAGAUUUACAGAGGAGAAGCGUGAGUUAGAUUUACUUAAUAAAGAGCUCGAGAGAAGAGCUGCCACUGCAGAGGCUGCUCUCAAAAGGGCACGGUUAAAUUAUUCAAUUGCGGUCAACCAAUUGCAGAAGGAUCUUGAGCUGCUCUCUGGGCAGGUUUCAUCCAUGUAUGAAGCUAAUGAGAAUCUCAUCAAGAAAGCAUUCGAAGAUUCCACACCACAAAGCUUUCAAGGAGCGACUGAACAUUUGCAAAAUCAGAAGCUGGACCCAGGGGAUGUUCAUGCAAACAAGCUUUUGCAACGUCAGAAUAUGCCUAAAGUGCAAAAAAAACAAGAAGUGUGUGGAGAUAUCCUUCUAGACGACUUAAGAAGAUCCUUGAAUUUGCAGGAAGAGUUAUACCAGAAGGUUGAAGAGGAAGUGUGUGAUGCAAAUUUUGAGAUAAUCUUUUUGGAUGUGUUUUCCAAGACUUUGCGAGAAACUUUGCGUGAAGCAAGUAGUGAUAUUACAGUAACAAAGAACAGGGUAGAUUACCUCACGAGGCAGCUGGAGCUGGUGACAGAAUCCAAAGAUGUACUGACAUGUAAGCUGGAAAGCGCUAUGAAUGAGGUUCAGUCCCUAAGUGAUUGCAAGGAAGCUUUCUCUCUAAAGUACAACGGAAUGACUAUCCAGAAUCAAAUGUUGGAAUCAAAUUUACGGACCAUAACCUCUGAAAACCAUUUCCUUGAACAGAAAAUUAAGGAGUUGGAGUCUUUGAUGACUGAAUAUAGAAGUUACAGACACAAAUUUGAGACCAGUGAUGUGGAGAGAAUUGAAUUGGCAGAUCAACUGAGAAAGGAAGUCAAGGAUUCUGCGAUACUUAGAAGCGAAAAUGCUGCUCUACAGGGAGAGUUGCAAACUCUUAAACAGAAAAUUGAGGAGGUGGCAUCUGCAAAGGAUCAUCUGCAGAACAUUGUCCACUAUUUGCAAGACAAAUUGCAUAGUAUGUUAAUGUGUCAUGAGGAGAACUUUGAUGGGGAAUUGCUGCUUAGAGAAUCAGACCACCAGGACACUGAAUCGGGGUACCUAACCAAUAUUGUGUCAAAAUUGGCGGACAUUCAGCAGAGUGCACGUGAUAAAUAUUUACAAGUCGUGGAAGAGAGGAAAGCUUUAGAAAAGGAAAAAGAUCUAGCAGUAGCUUCCUUAAGCACAUCUGAAUCUAAUAUUUUCUCUGUGAAAGAGAAAUUUGGGCAUGACUUACGUGUUAUGCUAGAUAAACUAAGCACGUCAAACUCAUUGGUACAGAAGCUGCAAGUAGAAGUUGAGGCUCUUGCUAACAGACUUGGCUCGAGCUCAGAAGCAGAAGAAAGACAUGAACAGGGGCAGAAAGAAGCACUUGCUGAUCUUUGCCGCUUGGAACUUGAGCUGGAACAGCUCAUAUCAAGGAAUGAAGAUUUUUCUCAGAAAUUCCUGGCUUUAGAAAGCAUAAGUGAGGAACUCGGACAGAGUAAGUUGAUUAUAGCAGAAUGUACCGAGGAAAAUCAUGCUUUGAUGGCAUCUCUACAGAGCAAAACUGAAACAUCUUCUCAGCUAGAAUUGGAGGUUUCUGAAUUGAGAGAAAACUUGAAAUCUCAGAAGACUGAGUUGCAUAAUCAGAGAAGCUACAUAGAAAAAUUAGAGAUGAGUAUAUCUGAUCUUACCUCCGAAUUGAAUGAGAAGCACUGCCAGUUGCUUAGUCUUGAUGAACAGAGAGUUGAACUGCUCCACCUGAGGCAAUUGGUAUCAAAUUUAGAGCUGGAGAAUGCAAGGGUUUCUGAUCUUCUCUUGCGUAGUGAAGAAUGUCUAAAAGUUUCCCGUGAAGAAUCUUCUUCUGUUGCUGAAUUGGAAAAUCAGUUAUUUGAAAUGCAUGAAUUCUUGAUAUCUGCAGAUAUUCAGAAAGUUCUCACUAGAGUUCAUUAUGAGACAGGAAUUCAAGAUUUUGUCCAGCAGCUUCAGUUCUCAGAUAGGCACCUUGAGAUGUUACAGCAGAAGAAUCUUGACCUUGAAUCGAGACUCAGUUGCUGUCUUGCAAAUGAGGCACAUCAUGUUGAAGAAAGUAAGAAGUUGUCGACACGUCUUGAGUCCCUGAGAUCUGAUUUAGAAGCCUCAAUUGCUCAAAACGGAGAAUUGCAUGAUGUUAAUAAUGUUCUGACAACUGAGCUCGAGGAGCACGGGAAGAAAAAUGAGAUUUUGUCGACACAUCUUGAGUCCCUGAGAUCUGAUUUAGAAGCCUCAAUUGCUCAAAACAGAGAAUUGCAUGAUGUUAAUAAUGUUCUGAUGACUGAGCUUGAGGAGCACAGGAAGAGAAACAGGAUGUUGGAUGCUAGUAUUUGCGAGGAAAGGAGGAAGCAUGCUGAAAGUCUUGAGUCCUUGGAAUCUGAUUUAGAUGCUUCGAUUGCUCAAAACAGAUUACUCCAUGAUACUCAUAAUGUUCUGAAGGCUGAGAUUGAAGAACACAGACAAAGAAGUGAAUCUUGGGAAGCCACUAUUUGCGAGGAAAGGAGGGAGCAUGCUGAUAGUAUCGAGUCCCUGAGAUCUGAUCUGGAAGCAUGCAUUGCUGAAAAUAGAGUGCUUCGUGAUACUAAUGGCAUUCUGAAGGCUGAGCUUGAGGAACACAGGAAUACAACUGCAAUGUUGGAUGCUGGUUUGUGUGAGGAAAGGAGCAAGCAUGCUGAAAGUCUUGAGUCCCUAAAAUCUGAUUUGGAAGCCUCCAUUGCUCAGCAUAGAGUACUUGAAGGUACUAAUAAUGGCCUGAAAGCUGAGCUUGAGGAAUACGGAAAGAGGAAUGAAAUGUGGGAUGCUAGUACUAGCGAAGAAAGAAGGAAGCAUGAUGAUUGUAUUGAGUCCCUAAAAUCUGACUUGGAAGCCUCAGUUGCUCAGAGUAGGAAGCUUCAAGAGACUAAUAAUGCUCUGAUGGCUGAGCUCGAGGAACAUAAGUUAAGAUUUGAAACGUGGGAAGCUAGCAUUUGCGAGGAAAGAAGAAAGCAUACUGAAAGUCUUGAUUGCCUGAACUCUAACUUAGAAGACUUCAUUGCUCAAAAUAGAAAACUCCAUGAGGCUAAUAAUGAACUUAAGGCAGAGCUUGAGGAAUGUAGAAAAAGAAACCAAAACUGCGAUGCUAGCAUAUGUGAGGAAAGGAGAAAGCAUGCUUCUGAGGUUGAAAUGCUCAAGAGUCUGUCGAUACUUUCUGGAGAAGAGAUUGAUGGGCUAAUACUUGUAAAUGAGGAACUGCAAGUGAAACUUCUGGUACUCGAAGGGAAAAUAGAAGAACAGAGUUCUCAGUUGACUUUGCUAGAACAGUGUAAUGAUGAAAUCGUUGUGAUGCAGAAGCAGUGUAAAGAGCUUACCGAGAAGCUCUCAGCACAAGUAAUGAAGACUGAAGAAUUUAAAAACUUGGCCACUCAUUUGAAGGAGCUCAAAGAUAGGGCUGAUGCUGAGGUUCUCCAGGCACGGGAAAAGAAAGAAACUGAUGGACAAACAUAUGCUGUACAAGACUCAUUGAGAAUUGCAUUUAUCAAGGAGCAGUAUGAAAGCAAGCUGCAAGAACUGAAACAACAGCUCUCCAUGUCAAAGAAGCAUAGUGAGGAAAUGCUCUGGAAAUUACAGGAUGCAGUUGAUGAAGUUGAAAGCAGAAAGAAAUCCGAAGCUUCUAAUCUGAAGAAAAUUGAAGAGCUGAGUAUGAAGAUCUUGGAACUGGAGUCUGAGUUACAAGCAGCAGUUUCUGAGAAGCGUGAGAAAUCGAUGGCUUUCGACUGUAUGAAGGCGGAGAUGGAAUGCUCAUUAAUAAGCCUUGAGUGCUGUAAAGAAGAAAAGCAAAAGCUUGAAGCUUCUUUGCUCAAAUGCAAUGAGGAGAAGACUAAAAUCGCUGCUGAACUCACACUAGCGAAUGAACUUCUUGAGAGUUCCAAAACACCUGGAAGGAUUCUGGAGAAGGAUGCUGAUCAAUCACAUAUGGAUUGCAUGCCCGAUGACCUGGUUGUAGGGACUCUACAUUCUGCAAAAUCACUAAAUCGUGAUGAAGCUGAUGCAUGCACAAAUCAUGGUCAUGAAGGUGCCCUUGCAAGUGGACUCAUAAGCGUGCAAUCUAAACAGGAUGUUCAGGCCUCUAAAGGCGAAAAUGGGAUACAAAACCUUGCACCUCUCGAUCGAGAUAUUGCUUUGCAUAGUGACAGAAAGGAUCUUGAUCUCCUCCGCGAGCAAUUCAAAGUACAAGUUUUAAAGUCAAGCAUGGACAAUUUAAGCAAAGAGUUGGAAAAGAUGAAAAAUGAGAACUGGCUUCUUUCUCAAGAUGAUCGUGUUGCUGAUCCAAAGUUUCCAGAAUUGCAAAGGGAAUUAAUGCGAUUAGAUAAGGCAAAUGAGGAAUUGAGCAGCAAAUUUCCUUCAUUCAAUGAGAUCUCUGGCGGCGGGAACGCUUUAGAAAGAGUACUCGCUUUAGAAAUUGAACUAGCUGAAGCAUUGCAGGCAAAGAAAAAAUCGAUGAUCCAAUUCCAAAGCUCUUUUUUAAAACAACACAGUGAUGAGGAAGCAAUAUUCAAGAGCUUUAGGGACAUCAAUGAGCUGAUCAAGGACAUGCUGGAGCUAAAGGGAAAGUACGCAGCUGUGGAAGGCGAGCUAAAAGAAAUGCAUGACCGCUACUCUCAAUUAAGCCUUCAAUUUGCCGAGGUUGAAGGAGAAAGACAGAAACUUAUGAUGACUCUGAAGUGUGUCCGGUCGUCCAGAAAGGCUGCUAAUUUGAAUCGCUCAUCGUCAGCGUCCGUAGGGGAAUGAUCCCUCCUCAUAGCCAAAGUGGAAGAGACCUCCAAUUUCCUUAUUCCUGGUCAUAUUCAAGGCGAACAUCUAACUGGCCAUGCUCCUACCUUGAUUUGCAAGAAUGGGUAGGUGCGCUAAUCGGCAACAAAUAACAUUAUACAGCCAAGGUGCUCGGAGUUUUGUGAGAUGGGUGUGGGACGUUGAGCUCUAAGCUGCCGCUGCCGCCACCACUCUUUGGUGUAUAUAAGUGCCUAUUGGUGGAUGAUACUGUAACUAUUAUCAGAGCACAUAGAUAUAGAUACUUGUGACAAUGAAACCUCUGAUCUUAUACAUCUGUAAUGGCCUUAUUUAUGUACAGUGAUCAAAUUCGUUCAUUGACAAAGUCGAUAUAUCUCCGAUUCUCCUGGU